ACCUCAGGUGGAACGCCUCAGAGUUUGGAGGUAUACAAGAUCUUAGAAUACCUCCGCACAAAAUUUGGAAACCAGACGUCCUUAUGUACAAUAGCGCCGACGAAAAGAUCGACAGUACUUUCCCAACGAAUGUCGUAGUGAGGAACAACGGUAGCUGCACUUACAUCCCGCCCGGAAUCUUCAAAAGUACGUGUAAAAUUGACAUCACAUGGUUCCCCUUCGAUGAUCAAAAGUGCGAAAUGAAAUUUGGGUCUUGGACCUACGAUGGCUUCCAACUAGAUUUGCGAUUAGCCAGCGAAGAAGGGGGAGACCUGUCCACGUACAUCUCUAAUGGCGAGUGGAUCCUGAUUGGCCUUCCAGGAGUGAGAAACGAGAUUUUUUAUGCGUGUUGUCCAGAGCCUUAUGUCGACAUCACCUUUACAAUCCAUAUCCGGAGGAGAACCCUCUACUAUGGAUUUAAUCUCAUCAUCCCCUGUGUUCUCAUCUCCUCUAUGACCCUUCUAGGUUUCACCUUGCCACCGGAUUCGGGAGAAAAAUUAACCCUCGGUGUCACGAUUCUUCUGUCCUUGACCGUCUUUCUUCUACAAUUAGCGGAAACGAUGCCACCCACGUCUGACGCAGUCUCAAUCAUAGGAACAUAUUUCGCUUGUAUAAUGAUAAUGGUGGCAUUCUCAGUUGUCAUGACGGUCGUUGUCCUCAACUAUCAUCACAGAAAUUCGGACACACAUGAAAUGCCUGCAUACAUUAGAAAAAUCUUUCUUUUAUGGCUACCGUGGUUACUCAGAAUGCAAAGACCUGGCCACAAGGUCACCAGAAGGGAUCUCUUCAGGAGUACCAAAAUUAGAGAAAUGGAGCUUAAAGAACGUUCAUCCAGAACCCUUCUCACUAAUAUCAUAGAUGGCGGUGGUGCAAGCGGAGAGGAAGACUUUCGAGCAGGUAAUGCAACAUCUUCAUCAUCCCCAGCAUUGCAAAGAGGGCAGACCGAUCGAGGCUAUUCUAAUGUUCUUAUUGGAGGAUCGAAUCAUGGAUCCAUGGUCCAUACAUGCAUGCACGCUGAUGUAGAACUUUCUGCCAUUUUACGGGAGCUUAAAACGAUUACUUCCAAAUACCGGAAGGAUGAUAUAGACGCAGAAGUUGUGUCAGACUGGCAAUUUGCGGCCAUGGUUGUCGAUAGAAUUUGUCUGAUUAGCUUCACUGUAUUUACUGUGGCAUCCACAGUGCUAUCUCUGGGAUCUGCACCACAUUUAAUGGCCUAAGCGUUGAUUAGAAGAUUAAAAUUUAUUGAAGAGUCGCGUGAGAUGAAUGUUAUUUAUUGCAAUGUAGAUUUAAAUAUCUUAUAACCUACAAUUUAGUAUAAUAUAUACGAAACAAAUUGCGAAUAAUUAUCAUAAAAGUUCUACAUUACAAUAAAUAUUAUGUAUUGCAAUGUAGAUUUUAAUAUCUUAUAAUAUACCAGUAUUAAAUGCUUUUUGAAACAAAUUAUAAAUUAUUAAUAAAUGUCGUUUAUAUAAUAACUGUUCUAGAUGGCAAAAGAAUGUUAUUUCUUCUAAGGUGAGCUCCAGUACUUUAUGAUCUUCAAACAUUUAAAUAUUUAAAUUUUCAAAUAUUUAUGCAAAAUAAACAAAAAUUGUCAAUAAAUAUUAUUUCAGUUGUAAAUAUUCUACAUUGCAAUAAAUAUUGCUUAUUGCAAUGUAGUUUUCAAGAUGUUAUAUCUUACAAAUAUAGGAAAUUCAAUUUAAUAUUCGGAGAAAUAAGGUGGUUGUAAUUCAACUUAAACUUUAAUCAUAAACAAUCAUAUUAGAAGUACAAUGAAUUUAGUUAAGAAUAGUGUGAGAUGAAUGUUAUUUAUUGCAAUGUAGAUUUAAAUAUCUUAUAACCUACAAAUAAGUAUAAUACAUACGAAACAAAUUGCCAAUAUAUCAUGAAAUACUACAUUGAAAUAAAUAUCAUGUAUUGCAAUGUAGAUUUAAAUAUCUUACAAUAUACAAGUGUUAGAUGGUUUAUGAAACAAACUAUAAAUUAUUAAUAAAUGUCGUUUACUUAAUAACUGUUAUGCAUGGCAAUAAUUGCUAUUUUCUCUAAUGUGAGCUCCAGUACUUUAUGAUCUUCAAAUAUUUAAAUAUUUAAAUUUUCAAAUAUUUAUGCAAACAAAACAAAAAUU